CAAGUGAAAGUAAAGUCAUCUUCGUCGUUUUGAAGCUCCCUUCUGAGGAAACUCAUUUUGUAUCGACUACCUUGUGUGCUUCUUGUGGUUUCAUCUGUGGAAAUGUCUUUGAGCAAAAACAUAAUGGAUCUUCAGAUGAUGGAGCAGAACACAGUGCUGCUGUUGAUCGGGAAAACCGGAUCCGGGAAAAGCGCCACAGGGAACAUCAUCUUUAAUGCUGAAGUGUUCGAGUCAAAAAUGAGUUCUUCAUCGGUGACCAGAUCCUGUAAAUCAUACACUGGAGCUGUUAAUAACAGGAGUGUAAGAGUCAUCGAUACUCCAGACUUCAUCUUCUCCACUCGCACUGACUUUGAUUCAGACUCAGAGCUGAAGAAAGCUCUUGAAUUAUGUUCACCAGGAGCUCAUGUGAUCCUGCUUCUUCUGUCUUUAAGCACUUUCACUGAGCAGGAGAUGGAUUUCACUGGUUGGUUUGAGCAGAAGUUUGGUGAAGAAGCUCUCAGAUUUACUGUAGUGCUCUUCACUCAUGCAGGUCAGAGACACAUGAGGACACUAGCAGAAAUGAUCAGGAUGAAUCCUCAAUUAUCUGAUUUUAUUAACCGAUGUGGGCAGAGAUAUCUUGAGUUUAACAUUAAAGCUCCAGCAAACAGAGGACAGGUGACUGAACUCAUGGAGAAGAUCGAUAUACUCGUGUCUGAGAACUCAAACUCCUGCUACACACUCGAGAUGAUGCUGGAGACUGAGAGGAGAAGAGAGGAGAGAGAGAGGAGAGCAGAGGAGGAGAAGAGAGAAGAGGAGGAGAGGAGAGAGAGAGAACACAGAAUGAGAUUAGAGAGAGUCAGAAUAGAGACAGAGACACGAGUGAGGAGAGAAUAUGAACAGGAAAUACUGGAGAAAGAGAGAGAGAGAGAACACAGAAUGAGAUUAGAGAGAGUCAGAAUAGAGACAGAGACACGAGUGAGAGGAGAAUAUGAAGCUGGGAAGAGGGAGAAACAUCUGUUCUGUAAACAGUUAAAGCUGAAAUAUAUCUGUGUAUUUAUGGUUUUUGCUGUAGUGUCAGGAGGUGUUUCGGUGUUGAAAAGAGACUCUUCACAUGGAUGGAUGUUCACUAAGGGUUUCUUUACUGGAGGAUCAGCAUCAAUUGCUGGAGUUUUCACUGGGAUUCUCUGGAGAUUGAUGUUGAAGAGUCAGUUUAUCUGUUCAUCUUCUCAUGAGCGUCCCAGUGCUGUUAGACAGAUAUUACUGAAGACAGCAGGUGUUGUGUGUGGUUUAUCAGCCGGAGCCGUGAUUGGUCACUUUAUAGGAGGAAAUGAACUUCCUGUUACACUGUUAGCAGGAUUAGCUGGAGCUGCUGGAGCUUUUACUGCAAUACAGUGAAGAUGCUGAUGCUUUAUCAUGACAAAUAUUACAGACAUAGGCUGCAAACACAACAUUAUGUAAUCCAUUCAUGUCUAAUUCUGAUUUCAUUUCUAAUUCUAAUGGAUGAUUGUUAAAGA